AUGUUUCUUACAUCUAUAUUUUCUGUAGCAUUCCUCUCACUCUCAUUAUUGUCUCCACUAGCUAGCAGUCGCGCGAUUGAAGAAAUCGCAAAGCGACAAGAUGGCUCGCAUUGGAUCAACACCUGGACCAGCAUGCCACAGUUAGUAGAAAGAGACAAUCUGCCGCCUGCACCAUUUAGCUCAGGAAGUGUUCUACGGGACGCAACGCUCCGUCAAACUUUUCAAAUCUCCGUCGGUGCCCCCAAGAUCAAAAUCACAAUAUCGAAUACUUUCGGCGGCUCCGAUCUGCCCAUUACCGCUGGCUCCGUAGGUGUCCCCACAGGCGGUGCUGCAGGCGUAAGCGGUAUUCAAGCUUCACCUCUGGCAGCAAUAACCGUGGGCGGUAAAAGCAGCUUCACGAUACUCAAAGGGCAAGUCGUAACCAGUGACGAAAUUGCCUUCCAAGUCAAGCCACAAAGCGUGAUCACGGUCAGUUUGUACAGCCAGCAAGGCCAAAGUGGGAACAGUAUCACCGGCCACCCAGGGAGUAGAACGACGAGCUGGCUAGUGAGCGGAAACAAAGUAAACGCUACAAGUUUCUCAGGUACAGCAUCUGUACACUGGUACUUUAUCAGCGCCGUACAAGCCCUCGUUCCGACAGCCACCAACUCGCUCAUUACCCUCGGAGACAGUAUAACCGACGGAAGAGGCUCGGAAAACGACAAAAACAACCGCUGGCCCGACCUUCUCUGCUCUCGCAUGCAAAGAAAAAAUUACACAAACAUCGCCAUCAACAACGAAGCCGCCGGUGGCAAUGCAGUCUUACAGGGUGGUUUAGGCCCACCCCUCCUAACCCGCUACAUGCGCGACGCCCUCCUCCAGCCUGGCGCGAAAUACAUCAUGAUCUUCGAAGGCGUAAACGACAUCGGACCCGCCGCCAACAGCGUAUCGGCACAGAAACUUAUCGGGGAUCGGCUCAUCGCAGCCUUUACGCAGAUAGCAACUGAUGCGAAGAAGGCAGGUUUCAAGACGAUUGGCGCGACCAUCACGCCGUUUGGGAACAAUGCUGGGUACGCCGGGGCGGAGAAGGAGAAGACGAGGCUGAGGGUGAACGAGUGGGUGUUGGCGAAGGGGAAUGGGAGUUAUGAUUUCGUUGUUGAUUUUGCGGGGAUGGUGGCAAAGAAGGGACAGGUGAGCGUGUUGGAUCGGAAGUUUGAUAGCGGAGAUGGAUUGCAUCCGAAUGUUGCAGGCUACCAGGCCAUGGCGGAUGGGUUUCCCUUGGAUAAUUUCAAGGCGUAG